AUGGACCCACCACCCUCCUCAUCACCUACUCCUCCAACCAAAACCGCCUCCUCCAAGGACUACCACGGCCGCCUCCGUGCUUCUGUCGUCAGUGACUCCUCCAUCUCCGCCACCGAUUCCAUCUCCGCCAUGUUUGAGAGGGACGAGCUCUUGGGCUUCAUCAGCGACGCCCCUUUGCUUGACACUAAGUUCGACUGGCUCGCUGAUGUGGCUUGGACGUUCUUGCAUAGGCUAAAUUACAAAGGAGAUGCCCAUAUGGCCCUGCGCGCCGUCACAAGCGCUUACUGUAGAGGAGCUGUUGGCGCUUUACUCGUGUAUGACGUCACCAGUACGUUCGACUUUGAGAACGUUGGAAGGUGGUUGAGGGAGUUGAGGGAUCACACUGACCCCAUCAUCGUGGCAAUGCUCCUUGGCGACAAGUCCGAUCUCCGCCACCUCGUGGCAAUCCCACUGGAGGACGGGAAGUCAUUCGCCGAGAACGAGUCCCUCUAUGUUAUGGAGACUUCUGCAUUGGACGCGACCAAUGUGGAAGUAGCUUUUGCUGAGGUCCUGUCUCAGAUUUGUCCGAUUGUGAGGAAGAAAGCAGUCGAAGCGGGUGAAUACCCAAGUGUUCCUUCUGUUCCCGCUCAGGGACAGGCGAUCAAUGUCAAAGAAGACGGGCCUGUUUUAAAGAGGAUUGGAUACUGCUUUGGUUAA